ACCUACAUGCCGCUAGUUGGCGAAGUACCAUCAUUUGCGCUCCAGUUUCUCACGAAGAAGAAAUAGAGACGUAACUUCCGGCUUUCAAAAGCUUGGUAGCAACAAACGAAUUAUCACUUUCGUGUGGCCACCACAGAGUUAGUUUUGCGCCGGGAUGGGAUCCCCAACAAAAGAUGCAACACCACGCAGAACCAACGUUCGUACUCCUGGUCGAGAACCUGAAUCACCACUUCCCCCCAUCCAUGAGCGGCUGGCAUACCUGCGACCCUCCAGGGAGCUCCUGGAGUUCUACAGAGAGAAGGUCGCCCAGUUUGACGGGGAACAUGAGGAGCUGCUGCAGAUGUUGGAGAAGUACAGAGGCAUCACAGAGGACCAGCAUAAGCUACAGUGGGAGGUACGACAGCGUGAAGUAGAAAUCACAGAGCUGCAAAACGCUCUGAGUGACAUGCAGGUUUACCUUUUCCAAGAGAGGGAACAAUCUCUGCGGCUUUAUGCAGAGAAUGACAGACUUAAGAUCAGAGAAUUGGAGGACAGAAAGAAAAUCCAGCACCUUCUUGCUCUGGUGGGUCCUGAUGCAGGAGAGAUCACAUAUUUCCACCGGGAGCCCCCUCACAAGGUCACUGUCACACAGAGGAACGCUGAGUCCAGAUUGGAAGACAAUUUAAAUCUCAGGCCGACAAAGUUAAGACCUCCUGCGACCAGAAAAGAGAGCAGCAGGAGAACAAAACCAGCAGACGGGCUAAAUGGAGAGAGCCUGGAACAAUACAGGAGUGAUAACCACACGUUGUUACUACAGGUGGAGGCUCUGCAGGCUCAGAUGGAGGAACAAACCCGCCUUGUUAAAGAGCAGGUGGAGUCUCUGCUGGACGACCGGCGGAUUAAAACAGAGGAGGCCCAGGCACAACAGCAGAGAGAUAAGGAGAGAAUUACUGCUCUGAAUGACAAACUGCAGCGAACCCAGAACCUGUUGCACGAGAGCACCAAAGAUUUCUUACAGCUAAAGUUUGAAACAAGAGCUCAUGAGAAGAGCUUCAUGGUGGAGAAGGACCGGCUGCUGAGGGAGCUCGACUCGUGCCACAACCGUCUGAGGAAGGGGGUGUCUGCUGUGGGUGCAGAGCUGGGGAGAGCAUCACAGCCUGGCAGCAGCACAGCCCUGCUCCUCCCCCGGCCUCAGCCAGAGUCACAGCAGACACACAAAGAGCAGAUAAAGGCACUGCAGGAGGACUUGAAGCAAGCCCAUCGCCUUGCGGAGAUGUUCAGGGAGCAGUGUAUCACUCUGGAAACAGAACUGUCCCAAAUCAGAGAGGAAGGGGAUGUUGGCAGGGAAAUAUUUAAGGACCGUUCAGACAAAAUGGCCAGGCGUCUUCAGCUGAUGACUCAGCGAUACGAGGCGUUGGAGAAGAGGAGGGCCAUGGAGGUGGAGGGCUUCAAGACAGACCUGAAGCACCUUAGGCAGAAAUUCAAAGAUGUAGAAAAACAACUUCUCAAGGUUACUUUGAAUGUCGGGCCCAACCAGGAUUUAGCCAUUCUGCAUGAGGUACGUCAGACCAACACAAGGACAAAGAAGGUUCAGGGUGAGCUGAUGACGCUGAAGGCUAAAAUCUAUGGAUUGGAAAAUGAGCUGAGAUUCAGCUGAAGAUUAAACCGUGAUGUCCUGUUGUCUGACUGUUGAGGAGAAUCUAUGUAGGUUGAUUGUUCAAUUCAUGAAUGUCUGUGCUACUGUGUUGAUCACUAGUCUGAGAGCUUAUGUUAUUCUAUUUUUUUCUUAUAACAAUAAAGAUGUUUUGCUACAAAUAUUUAAA